CUUGCGCCAUCAUGGAGAAGUACAACCGCUGGUCCGACUUGACGACCGGGAUCAACCCGUUCGUGCCGCCGCCCCACAAACUUCCGUCCAACGUCGUCCUGCGCUGGGGCCAGAUCCUCGUCGGCGGCGUCGUCGCGCUCGCCCGCUGGGUCCUCCUCCUCCCACUGCUGGUGCUCUGGUCGCUGCUCGAGCUAGUCGCGCUGCUCCUCGGCUACGUUCCAUUCCUUGGCCGGCUCGUCCAUCGGGUUGUCGACUGGGUCUGCGUCGGCCUCAUCCUUGUCGUGACGACCAUGUUUGUCAAGGAGGAAGACGCCAACGUCCGCCGCCUGGGCCUGCUCCCGCCUGGUUCCAAGGCGCCGUCGCUUCGUCGCGUCGCGGCCGGCGACCUCAUUGUGUGCAACCACUCGAGUGUCUUUGACGUGCUCUACCUUGCCUUCCGCUACUCGCCGACGUUUGUGUUUCCGAGCGAAAAGGAAAGCAGCGCCAAGGGCUUGGUGCAAUCGUGCACCGUCCUUGGUGCGCUCCGCCAAGCCAUGUCGCCGCCAUUGAGCUCGCUGUCGUCGCCCGUCAAGCUCGCCGAUGUGCUUCGCCGUGCGUCCGGGCCCGUCGUUGUCUUCGCCGAGGGUACUCGGAGCAACGGCAAGGCAGUCUUGCCCUUCCACGUGGAUCUGACCGCGCUCCCGACCUCGACGCGAAUCCAUAUCGUAGCGAUUCGGUACGAAUACAAGAACGUUGCGCCAACGCACACGUGUGGCUCGGCGCUCGUUCAGCUCUGCCGCGUCUUGUCGCAUGUCUACCACUCGAUGAAGGUCUUGCGCUUGCCGGCCGAGUACGUCACGGACGCCACGUCGGUGCGCACGCUCUUGGCGUCGAUGCUGCGCACCAAGGCGGUGGACGUGACCUGCGCCGACUUUGUGUCAUUCAACAAGUACUGGGAGCACGUCAACGGCGGCGGCCGCGAACCCGCGUCCAGCUUUACCACGCGCAAGGCGCCGCACGAGCACGCGCAGUGGAAGGCAAAGGAAACCUAGUCGUUGCUCGUCGUCCACGCCAGCUGCCUCUACUAGUUAGUCGCUUACGAAUAGGGCUCCUCUACUACUAGUAGCUGAAUGUACGAGCGUCGAUCCAGCGCGUCCCAACACGGAUCAUCCACGUCUCUAUGUUUCUUUUGGCACAAAAUGGUAUAUCUCACUCGAGCGACUAAACGAGCGACUAAACGAGCGACUCAUCUGGCGACUAAACGAGCGGCCAGCGUAGCGUCCUUAGUGCAGCUUCAUGGCGAGCUCGUAGGCGCUGAUCGCGAGCUCGGCCGCAAUCAAAAUAAUAAUAUACCACUCCAUGCGCGUGCCCU